AUGGGAUCCAUUAGCAAGCAGCUUUUGUUGCUACUUUUUCCCAUCAUGGCAACCUGCGAUCCUGCCACAUCCACAAACCCCAUCACAGAAAAAUCAGACGCAGAAACAAACCAUAUACUUGGACUAUACUUGGUGCAUAUGCGCAUCGUGAACAAUCUUUCUGACAACCAGCCUCUUAAUGUUCAUUGCAAAUCCAAAGAUGAUGAUCUGAACAAUCAUGUCAUUUACAGGGGCCAAAGUUUCAGGUGGCGGUUCCGUCCUAAUAUCUGGGGCACAACGUUGUUCUUUUGCCAUUUUUCAUGGGCAGGAGGAGAAGGGAGCUAUGAUAUCUAUAAGAAUAGGAGGGACUAUGACAGAUGCAAACAUGCUUGUAACUGGUAUGUCACUCAAGAAGGUAUAGAAGGGUAUACAGAAGAGGAUAAACUCAACAAGAAGCCACCUAAGGUAGACAUUUUUUUCAACUGGCAAAAUCCAUGA